AUGGCACUAUCAACAUCAGAUAUUCAAUCAACAAAUAAUAACAAUAAUUGUUUAUUUGAUCGAUCAUCGACACCACCCCCACCAACAGAGUCUCAUAAAGAACCAAUAUGUCCAGGUGCGCCAAAGAAGAAACGAAUUGAAAUACAAAGAAGAAAUACUGCUAUUUCAAGAAUUCUAUUUCAAUAA